AGAACUUUUAGCUUCCCGACAAUUUCCAAAAACUACUUACAUUUCCAUCUCACCACCCACCUCUCUCCUCCUCUUCGCAAUCCCGGUGUUGUGACAUUGCGACUCCACCAUUUCCAAUUGUCUGGAACUCUGGUGACCCCUCACGCUCUUUCGCUUUCUUAUCCUUCUUUUUUCCCUCAACCUUCCGAAAAUGUUCUCGGCCGUGUUGAGAAGGCGCGCCCUUCAAUCCACUCCCAUCUCCUACCAAUUCGCACGAUGCUAUGCCGCAAAGUCGUUUCCUCCCCAUACGGUGGUGACCAUGCCAGCCCUGUCUCCUACCAUGACAGCAGGCAACAUCGGAUCGUGGCAGAAGAAGGUUGGAGAUACGAUUUCUCCCGGUGACGUGUUGGUUGAGAUUGAGACGGACAAGGCACAGAUGGACUUUGAGUUUCAAGAGGAGGGUGUUCUCGCAAAGAUCUUGAAGGAUUCAGGAACUAAGGAUGUGGCUGUCGGUAACGUAUGUUAAGCAUGAGGUUGAGGGUUCAAUUGGCCUUUCUAAUUUUGCACAGCCAAUCGCAGUCAUGAUCGAGGAGGGCGAGGAUGCUUCAGCUUUCGACUCAUUUUCGCUCGAAGAUGCCGGAGGAGAGAAAUCUGCCCCAGCACCACCAAAGGAGGAGGCCAGCGAGUCUUCCGAGCCAGCAGGUACCGGCUCUGGUACUGCCCCACCAAAAUCCGAGCCUGCGCCAGUUCCCGAAGAGACAGAAUCAAGUGGUGGCAGAUUACAACCAGCUCUGGAAAGACAGCCAAAUGCAAGCGCUGCAGCUAUUAGACUUGCAAUUGAUAGUGGCGUUAAGAUUACAGGAUUGAAGGGCACUGGAACUGGUGGACAAAUUACAGAGGCCGAUGUCAAGAAGGCUGCUUCUGGACAGAGCACCUCUGCUUCAUCCUCUGCACCAGCGGCAUCAUACACCGAUACUCCUAUUACCUCGAUGCGAAAGACGAUUGCCAACCGUCUUACAGAAUCAUGGAACCAGAACCCCCACUACUUUGUCGCAUCGACCCUCUCUGUGUCUAAGCUUCUUAAGCUCAGACAAGCCCUCAAUGCAUCCGCAGAUGGACAAUACAAGCUCUCAGUCAACGACUUUUUGAUCAAGGCUUGCGCUGUUGCUUGCAAGAAGGUCCCAGCUGCCAACUCUAGUUGGAGAGAUGGUUUCAUCCGACAAUUCAACAAUGUCGAUAUCUCCGUAAGUUCCCGGCGUGCCCCAUAAAUUUCCAAAUUCCUAACCUACCCUCAUAGGUUGCGGUUGCCACCCCAGUCGGACUCAUGACCCCAAUUGUCAAGUCUGUCGAAGCUCUUGGCCUCUCAUCAAUCUCAGCACAAGUUAAGGAUCUCGGCAAGCGUGCCCGUGAUGGCAAGCUCAAGCCAGAGGAAUACCAAGGAGGAACUUUCACUAUCAGCAACAUGGGAAUGAACUCUGCAAUCGAUCGUUUCACAGCCGUUGUCAACCCACCACAAGCCGGUAUCUUGGCCGUCGGUACCACCAAGAAGGUUGCAGUCCCAGUUAAGACCGAAGAGGGGACUUCAUUAGAAUGGGACGACCAGAUCGUUAUCACUGCAAGCUUCGACCACAAGGUCGUUGACGGAGCCGUUGCUGGUGAGUGGGUUAAGGAAUUCAAGAAGGUCGUAGAGAACCCACUCGAGUUAUUGCUGUAA